AAGUGAACUGCUCCUCUUCCCUUCACUGUUUGUCAUUCUUUCACCGUCACAACUGCUCAUCUUUGCAUCCUCGGAAGUUUCAUCACGCAGAUAAGUCAUUGAUUUUGUGGUACUGUGAUUAGAUGUAGGGUUGUGAUUUGUUUGACAGUUAUUGCCAGGCUGCCAAUGUUUACUGUAUAAAAACAAUUCUGUACCUGAUUUUUGUUUUAGAUAAAAAGUUUGAUGCAUUUCAGUUUUCAAUUUUCUUGGUGUUUGAUUUCUCCAAUCUGAAAGUUUUUUUUUGGUUUCUUCGAUCUGGAAGUUUCACUUGGUAUCAGAGCCAUUGACUAGCGUCUAAGAUGGCUAACUCCUCUAACACUGGUUUUUCAGGCCCGCCGUUGACUCCUGAGCGACCUGAGAUGACUGGAUUUGGUGAUCGAUCUAGUCAAACAAGUGGUUUUCCCGUUUCAACACUUCAACCUGUCACACCAAAGCUCACCGAUGAGAACUAUCGGUACUGGAGGACUCAAGCUCUUCUUGCUGCGGGUGCUCAUGACCUAGAAGAGCACCUAACAGGUUCAUUGGCUUCUAAUGCAGUCUUACACAGCAGAACCAAACAUAUAGAAAUUGACAUUCACUUUGUGAGAGAACAGGUUACCGCAAAAAGGCUGAAGGUGCAGUAUGUCCCUACACAAUUUCAAACAGCAGAUAUUUUCACUAAAUCUUUAUCUGUUCUCAGGUUUGAAGAGCUCAGAAGUAAACUGUAUAUUGUUGACUGGGUGAGCUGGAGAAAAGCCUCGGAGAAAAAUAGUCUAGCUCCUGGAGGUUCUGAAGGUUUCAAAGAGAACUCUUCAGCAACAGUUAACAUAAAGGAAAGGUCUGAUACUGAAGAACAUGGGUGUGGAAACAGCAAGCUACAAAUGCAGACUCUAUGGUGUACUACAGUGCUUUGAGGAAGGUGUUUUCUUAAUUAAGAAGGGAGCUACAACUGAGAGAGGAAUUGUUUGGCUGCAUAUGCUCUGAGUGUCAGUUAAUUCAGUUGCCUGCGUAGUUGAGACUGAAAGGAAUUCAAGCUGAAGGAGGAAAUAUUUUACUUCUGAGAAGGGUCUAUCUGUUUUGUGUGAUAAUCAACUUGACAGAGGAUAAAUGAAGCUGAGUGUAGAAAAUAUGGCAUUGCAAUUUUGGGCAUUGUAUUUUUCUGUGUUCUCUGUUGUAUUUCGUUGCAAGCCUACAAUAGCAUGUUGUUAUCUUGGCUUGAGGGAGGAUGUUGAGAUUACAAAGGAAAACGGUGCGUUUUGAUGGAGAGAUGAAACACACCGUUUCAAUUAAAAAUUCAUUAAACAAAAAAUAUCUGCUUCUUGUUUCUUGUGACUGUCAUUUGUGAAUAUUCAAGAAAAGUGAACUGCUCCUCUUCCCUUCACUGCUUGUCAUUCUUUCACCGUCACAACUGCUCAUCUUUGCAUCCCUGGAAGUUUCAUCACACAGAUAAGUCAUUGAUUUUGUGGUACUGUGAUUAGAUGUAGGGUUGUGAUUUGUUUGACAGUUAUUGUCAGGCUGCCAAUGUUUACUGUAUAAAAACAAUUUUGUACCUGAUUUUUGUUUUAGAUAAAAAGUUUGAUGCAUUUCAGUUUUCAA